GUAGGAGGGGCAGGACGCACAGAAAAGGCGCAACGCAGAGGAAACUUGGUUACUUGGAGCAGCUGCCAAACCUGGAAUCCUCAGCUAGUAUAGUGCGUCUCCAUAAGCCUCUAUACCCAAGAAAGGAAGAUUUAACUAUUGUUGUUCAACUUCUGUUUCAUCUCACCUGUGAAAAUGUCCGGUGGCCCUUUGGUCACGGCGCUGGCAGUGGCUUUGCUCGCCAGCGCUGUGCAGUGUAUGCCGAAAGGGACGGGCAAACAUAGGAGACAAGCUCAGGAACACUCCGUGUCAUCCGUUUCCCAAGAUGGCUGUGUUGAAAAUGGUCAGUUUUAUGGACUUGGAGAGCAGUGGGAGCGCAGUUAUCUGGGAAGCACUCUGCUCUGCACUUGCCACGGAGUCUCUGGUAUUAAAUGUAAAUCAAAGCCUGAAGCUGAGGAGACCUGCUACGAUAAAGUAAAUACCCGCUCCUAUCGAGUUGGAGAGACUUAUGAGAGGCCCAGAGACGGGAUGAUCUGGGACUGCACUUGCAUUGGCUCUGGUCGAGGGAAAAUAAGUUGCACCAUUGCAAACCGCUGUCAUGAGGGAGGGCGAUCUUACAAGAUUGGAGACACCUGGAGGAGACCCCAUGACACUGGAGACUACAUGCUGGAGUGUGUCUGUUUAGGCAAUGGGAAAGGAGAGUGGACCUGCAAACCUGUUGCGGAACGCUGUUAUGACAAUUCAGCUGGGACGUCCUAUAGGGUUGGUGAGACCUGGGAGAAACCUUACCAAGGCUGGAUGAUCAUGGACUGCACCUGUCUAGGGGAAGGAAAUGGACGCAUCACAUGCACAUCUAAAAACCACUGUAACGACCAGGACAUGCGCACUUCUUACCGUAUUGGAGACACAUGGAGCAAAACAGAUUCUCACGGGCAUGUGCUACAGUGUUUGUGUACUGGUAAUGGGCGUGGAGAGUGGAAAUGUGAGAGACAUGUGUCACUGCACACUACUAGUCUGGGUACUGGGCCUCAAGUGAUUACCAAUGUCCAGUCUGCAGUAUUCCACCCCAUGGCAGUGCCAGAGUAUCCAGUAGAGGGAACCUGUCUGACAGAUGCAAAUGUUUCCUACUUCCUGGGCAUGCGCUGGAUCAAGACCCAAGGCAGCACACAGUUGUUGUGUACGUGCUUGGGGAACGGUGUCAGCUGUGAAGAGUGGGGGGGCCAUUCUCAGGUGUAUGGCGGUAGCUCAAAUGGCCAGCCUUGUGUGUUCCCUUUUGUGUUCAUGGGAAAAACGUUCUACUCCUGCACUUCUGAGGGACGAAGUGAUGGACAGCUCUGGUGCAGCACCUCGUCUGACUUUGAGAAAGACUACAAGAACUCCUUCUGUACUGGGAACAAUGUUUUGGUCACAACCAGAGGAGGAAAUUCCAAUGGUGCCUUGUGCCACUUCCCAUUCCUGUACAAUGGCCGUAACUAUACUGACUGCACUGCUGAUGGCAGAAGAGAUGGCAUGAAAUGGUGUGGCACCACUUACGACUAUGACAGAGAGCAGCGCUUUGGCUUCUGCCCCAUGUUAGCCCAUGAGGAGGUGUGUACCAUCAAUGAGGGUGUGAUGUAUCGUGUGGGUGACCAGUGGGACAGACGUCAUGAUGUUCUGGGUCACAUGAUGCGCUGUACAUGUGUGGGCAAUGGCCGUGGAGAAUGGAGCUGCGUUGCUUACUCACAACUCAAAGACCAGUGCAUUGUGGAUAAUUUGACCUAUGACGUAAACCAGACUUUUACUAAACGGCACGAUGACGGCUACAUGAUGAACUGCACCUGUUUCGGUCAAGGCCGUGGAAGCUGGAAGUGUGACGUUAUCGAUCACUGCCAGGAGCCUGAGACUAGAGCACUCUAUCAGAUCGGAGAAUCGUGGGACAAAGUUAUUCAGGGAAUCCACUACAGAUGUUACUGCUAUGGAAAUGGGGUUGGAGAGUUAAGAUGUGAGCCUCAGCAAUCUUUCCCUGGUGGUCAUCGUCCAGUCCAGGUGAUUAUAACAGAAUCUAGCAACCAGCCCAACUCCCACCCCAUCCAAUGGAAUGCCCCAUCUUCUGCACACAUCACACAGUACAUACUUCGAUGGAGACAGAAAAACACCCAUGACCAGUGGAUGGAGGUCACUAUUCCAGGCCAUCUGAACUCUUAUACCAUCGCUGGACUGAAGCCAGGAAUCAUCUACGAGGGUCAACUCAUCAGCAUCCUGCACUUCGGACGUAGAGAAUUCACUCGCUUUGACUUCACCACCAACUAUGGCUCCUUGGCAACCUUUGAGGGAAAGACUACGCACCCCCCUCCGGUGGUGGACACCAUUGAAUCUGUGACUGAGAUCACAUCCAGCAGCUUCGUCAUCUCGUGGAUGUCUGCAUCAGACACUGUGUCUUGGUUCAGGGUGGAAUAUGAUCUGAGUGAAGAGGGAGGGCAGACUGGACAGCCCAUUGUCUUGGAUCUGCCUCAUACGGCUACAUCAGUGAACAUCAGUGAGCUUCUCCCUGGAAGGAAGUACACAGUAAAUGUGUAUGAAGUGACUAACCAAGGGGAGCCUAAUCUGAUCCUUUCCACUUCUCAGACCACAACUCCUGAUGCCCCUUCUGACCAUAAAGUGGAUGUGGGGGAGACAGCUAUUGUGAUCAGCUGGUCUAAACCUCUGGCUCCCAUCACAGGCUACCGUGUGGUUUACACACCAUCUGAAGAAGGUAGUUCUGGCAGCACUGAGUUGAACUUGCCUAACACUGCCACCUCCGUGACCCUGGGUGACCUUCACCCUGGUCGGCUCUACAACAUCCGUAUUUACUCGGUAGAAGAGAGUCUGGAGAGUGAGCCUGUAUUUGUUCAGGUCACCACUGCUGGGGAGCCACUGACAGUGGCAACCUUUGAUGGAGAGACUACGCACCCCCCUGCGGUGGUGGACACCUUUGAAUCUGUGACUGAGAUCACAUCCAGCAGCUUCGUCAUCUCUUGGAUGUCUGCAUCAGACACUGUGUCUGGGUUCAGGGUGGAAUAUGAUCUGAGUGAAGAGGGAAGGCAGACUGGACAGCCUAAUGUCUUGGAUCUGCCUCAUACGGCUACAUCAGUGAACAUCAGUGAGCUUCUCCCUGGAAGGAAGUACACAGUAAAUGUGUAUGAAGUGACUAACCAAGGGGAGCCUAAUCUGAUCCUUUCCACUUCUCAGACCACAACUCCUGAUGCCCCUUCUGACCAUGAAGUGGAGGAUGUAGGGGAGACCGCCAUUGUUAUCAGCUGGUCUAAACCUCUUGCUCCCAUCACAGGCUACCGUGUGGUUUACACACCAUCUGAAGAAGGUAGUUCUGGCAGCACUGAGCUGAACCUGCCUAACACUACCACCUCAGUGACCCUGGGUGACCUUCAACCAGGUCUGCUUUAUAACAUCAGUAUUUACUCGGUAGAAGAGACUCUGGAGAGUGAGCCUGUAUUUGUUCAGGUCACCACUGCUGGGGAGCCACUGACAGCUCCUGAUGCCCCUUCUGACCAUAAAGUGGAUGUGGGGGAGACAGCUAUUGUGAUCAGCUGGUCUAAACCUCUGGCUCCCAUCACAGGCUACCGUGUGGUUUACACACCAUCUGAAGAAGGUAGUUCUGGCAGCACUGAGUUGAACCUGCCUAACACUGCCACCUCCGUGACCCUGGGUGACCUUCACCCUGGUCGGCUCUACAACAUCAGUAUUUACUCGGUAGAAGAGAGUCUGGAGAGUGAGCCUGUAUUUGUUCAGGUCACCACUGCUGGGGAGCCACUGACAGUGGCAACCUUUGAUGGAGAGACUACGCACCCCCCUGCGGUGGUGGACACCUUUGAAUCUGUGACUGAGAUCACGUCCAGCAGCUUCGUCAUCUCUUGGAUGUCUGCAUCAGACACUGUGUCUGGGUUCAGGGUGGAAUAUGAUCUGAGUGAAGAGGGAAGGCAGACUGGACAGCCCAAUAUCUUGGAUCUGCCUCAUACGGCUACAUCAGUGAACAUCAGUGAGCUUCUCCCUGGAAGGAAGUACACAGUAAAUGUGUAUGAAGUUACUAACCAAGGGGAGCCUAAUCUGAUCCUUUCCACUUCUCAGACCACAACUCCUGAUGCCCCUUCUGACCAUGAAGUGGAGGAUGUGGGGGAGACCGCCAUUGUUAUCAGCUGGUCUAAACCUCUUGCUCCCAUCACAGGCUACCGUGUGGUUUACACACCAUCUGAAGAAGGUAGUUCUGGCAGCACUGAGCUGAACCUGCCUAACACUGCCACCUCAGUGACCCUGGGUGACCUUCGCCCUGGUCUGCUCUACAACAUCAGUAUUUACUCUGUAGAAGAGAGUCUGGAGAGUGAGCCUGUAUUUGUUCAGGUCACCACUGCUGGGGAGCCACUGACAGCUCCAGAUGCCCCUUCUGACCAUAAAGUGGAGGAUGUGGGGGAGACCGCUAUUGUGAUCAGCUGGUCUAAACCUCUGACUCCCAUCACAGCUCCUGAUGCCCCUUCUGACCAUAAAGUGGAUGUGGGGGAGACAGCCAUUGUGAUCAGCUGGUCUAAACCUCUGACUCCCAUAACGGGCUACCGUGUGGUUUACACACCAUCUGAAGAAGGUAGUUCUGGCAGCACUGAGCUGAACCUGCCUAACACUGCCACCUCCGUGACCCUGGGUGACCUUCAACCAGGUCUGCUUUAUAACAUCAGUAUUUACUCGGUAGAAGAGACUCUGGAGAGUGAGCCUGUAUUUGUUCAGGUCACCACUGCUGGGGAGCCACUGACAGAGGAAGUCCCCUCUCCAACUGAUCUGCAGUUCUUCGAGGUGUCUGAUUCUAAGAUCACCAUCACUUGGACCAGUCCAUCCACGGAUGUGUCUGGAUACCGUAUAUCUGUCGUGGGCUCAGACGGGCUGACGGUGAGAGAAAUCCAGCUUCCUGUAACACGCAACGCCUAUGCUGAGAUCACACGGCUCCAACCUGGAACACUUUACCGUUUCUUCAUCUUUGCUCUCAGAUCAGGGGAGGAGAGCAAGCCCCUGGUUGGAGAACAAGCUACUAAGCCUGACUCACCCACCAAUAUCCACUUUACAAAUAUUACUGAAGACAGUGCUAUAGUCAUCUGGUCUCCACCAAGGGUUCGGAUCACAGGUUACAGGCUCUUCCUGACUGUUGAAGGCUUGAACCCCAAGCAGCUGCGUAUUCCCGCCCGCCUUUCACAGUACACCAUCCUCAACUUGCAGCCUGAUACCAAGUACACUGCCACUCUCCAUGCAGAAAGAGGCAACAUGCUUAGCAAGGGCUCUUCCGCCAAAUUUGCCACAAUUCAGCCAUUUAGAAAUGCUCCCCACUUCAACACUGAUGUCACAGACACUUCCAUCAUUGUUUUCUGGACCCCUGUGCCUAGAAUUGGUUACAAGUUGACUGUUAGGCCAAGCCAAGGUGGAGAAGCCCCUAGGGAUGUGAUCUCAGAGUCUGGUAGUGUUGUCAUCUCUGGUCUAACCCCUGGAGUUGAAUACAGCUACAGCGUCCAGCCCGUCAUUAAUGGUCAUAAGCACGGCAACCCCAUCACACGACGUGUGGUCACUCCUCUUUCUCCACCUACUGAUCUGAACUUGCAGUCCAACCCAAACACAGGAGAAGUGAUUGUUCAUUGGAACGAUGACAAAACUCCAGGCAUCACUGGCUACAGAGUGACUUGCACCCCCACCAAAGGGCAGCAUGGGAACUCUGUGGAGGAGUUUGUUAAGGCAGGACAGAACUCAUGCACUUUAGAGAACCUGAGUCCAGGAGUGGAGUACAAUGUCAGUGUGUUUACUGUAAAGGAUGACAUGGAGAGCACCCCUGUCUCCACCACCGUGACUCCGGAUGUGCCCAAAAUAACUGACCUCCACUUUAUCAACAUCACUGAAUCCACUAUUGGCCUCACCUGGAGUUCUCCUAACUCUACCGUUGUCACUGCCUACCGCUUCACUGUGUUGGCUGCUGGGGACAGUGUCCCGAUCUUUGUUGAAUUUGUGGAGCCCACGACAGGCUUUUAUACUCUGCGUGGUCUGGAGCCCGGGAUCAAUUAUAACAUCAACAUCACCACAAUCACAGAAAAUGGAGAGAGUGAGCCCAUUACCAUCACCCAACAAACAGCUGUCCCUGCCCCAUCUUAUCUGUCAUUUGGGGAUGUGACCGCAGACAGUAUGCUGGUUACCUGGAAUGCCCCUCAGGUGCCCAAACCCUCUGAUAUUGACCACUACAUCAUCCGCUAUCACCCAGUUGAUGAGGAUGAUGACACCACGGAGCACAAUGUGGACGGAAAUGCAAACUUUGUCAUUCUUCGCCAUCUUGUGCCCAAUACUGAGUACCUAGUGAGCGUACUUUGUGUCUAUGAGAAGAGAGAGAGCUCACCUGUCAUUGGCACUCAAAGAACUGUCCUGGAUUCUCCUGUCCAUCUGCAGUUCUCUGAUGUUGGCACCAACUCCUUUACUGUGCGCUGGCAGGCUCCUCAGGCCGUUAUCUCUGGGUACCGUGUCCGCUACCAAAUGACCAGUGGUGGCCGUGCCAAAGAGGAGAGACUGCCACCAUCCAGGAGCCAUUUCACUCUUACAGGCCUGACCCCCGAGACCAAGUACAGCAUCAACAUCUACGCCGUUAGCGGAUCCCGCGAGAGUCUGCCAUUGACUGGAAUUCAGUCUACCAUCUCUGAUGCCCCCACUGACCUGGAGGUUACUUCCUCAACACCAACCAGCAUUACCUUUCGCUGGGACGCCCCUUCUGUCACUGUGAGGUACUACAGGAUCACACACGGGGAGUCAGAAGGCUUUGACACUCCUCAGGAAUUUACUGUCCCUGGUUCCCAGUCCACUGCCACCAUUGAGGGUCUGCGUCCAGGCACUGAUUACACCAUCACUGUUUUUGCUGUGACCGGUAGAGGGGACAGCCCAGCCUCCAGCACCCCUAUCCAUGUUCUACACAGAACCGAUAUUGAGUCGCCAUCACAGAUGGAGGUGACUGACGUUAAGGACAACGCUAUUACUGUGCGCUGGAGCCCAGCAGCAGGCCCCAUCUCAGGAUAUCGAGUCACAGGAAUGCCACUCAAUGGACAGGGACCUGCCUUCUCUGAAGUGGUGGCUCCCGACCAGACUGAAAUGACGUUCUCUGGCUUGAUGCCGAAAGCGGAGUACACAGUCAGUGUGUUUGCCCUGGGUCAGGAUGGAGAAAGCCCCCCACUAGUUGAAACUGUAAUCACAAAGAUGGACAAACCCAAAAACUUAACCUUCACUGACGUGGACUCGACCUCCAUACGGAUCUCCUGGGAAAGUCCUGAUGGCGUGGUAUCAUUUUACAGAGUGUUGUACUACAGUCCAGAGGAUGGAGAGAGAGAGCUAUUCCCUGCCCCACGUGGUGAUGACGAGUCUGCAGUUCUUCAUGGCCUCAGACCGGGCACAGAAUACACUGUUAAAGUCAUCGCUCUGCAUGACCGGACCCCCAGCCCUCCUCUGGUGGCCACUCAGACAACAGCAAUUCCUGGGCCCACCAAUCUGCGCUUCUCCCAGGUGGGUCCAACAUCCUUCACUGUCUCCUGGUUUGCUUCUAAUGUCAAGCUGACAGGUUACCGUGUGGCCAUCACUCCCAAAAGUAAGAGUGGCCCCACUAAAGAGCUCAACGUCGCCCCGGACUCCACUGAGUUCCAUGCCACUUCACUCAUGCCUGGCACUGAUUAUGAAGUGGAGGUUUAUGGUGUGAAGAAUUCUCUCACCAGCCAUCGUAUCAAAGGCGAAGUUACGACACCUGACAACAUCAGCCCACCGCGUCGUGUUCGUAUUUCCAACGUGAAGGACUCCUCCAUCACUCUCACCUGGCGCUCUAAAACCGAGACCAUCUCUGGCUUCCUGGUUGAAGCCACACCCACCAUUGGUGGCCAUAAUCCUAUUCAGAGAACCAUUGAACCUGAUUCACGCACAUACGCCAUUACUGGUCUGGAGCCAGGAACCACAUAUAAGAUCAAUAUCUAUACACUGAAUGGAAAUGCACGCAGUGAGCCUUUCACCCUUACAGCCACUACAGCAAAACCAGUAAUCAGCCCUCCUACAAACCUCCACUUCACCUCUCUGACUCCUACCGUGAUUUCCUUCACCUGGGAGCCUCCACGUAGCACCAUUACUGGAUAUUAUAUCACCUACGAGGAGGCAGGUGAUAUUCCCAAUGAGCUGACCCCUAGACCCCAGGCUGGCAGGACAUUUGCUUCCAUCUCUGGUUUGAAACCAGGCACUGAGUAUGUUAUCAAGAUUGUUGCAUUAAAUAAUGCUCAGAGAAGCACCCCGCUGCUUGGAAAGGCAAGAACUCAAAUUGAAAGUCACCAGCUGACUCCCCAGCUCCCCGAACCCAGUCGACCCCACCAUGACAUCCUGGAUGUCCCAGAAGACAAUGACCACUUCAACAAUCAUGUGCAUAUACUGGGACCAAACAGACACAAAACAAUGGGGCAGCAAGGCCAGCAUAUCUACACUGAAUAUCAGAGCCUGGGAAACAACGGACAGCAGCCUCACCGCCCAAACCAAAGAGAGCCCCUGGUCUACAUCCCUCUGCCGGGAGCAGAUGGACAGAGAGUGCCAGUGGUGAAGGUGAACGAGGGCCCUGAACCAGGCUUCCCCUUCAGAGACCUUUACAAUGAGACAAACCUGCCCCAGGAAUCUCAGACCCAGACAACAAUUAUAUGGCAGCCUGUGCCGCACACUUCAGAGUAUGUUGUGUCAUGCAGUCCCGCUACAGAGGUCAAUGAGAAGAGCUUCCAGAUGCGUUUACCUGGAACUUCUGUUAGCGCUACACUGAUCGGUCUCACUUCUGGUGCCUCAUAUAAUGUUGUCGUGGAGUCUGUCAGUGGAGACCAAAAACAGAAAGUCCUAGAAGAUGUUGUGACUGUCGGAAACAUUGUUCCAGGGGCUGGAGAGAUCCCCACAGCCAGGGAUGUGUGCCAUGACACAUUCACUGCCACCUAUCAUGAGGUGGGCACGGAGUGGGAGCGUAUGUCGGAUACAGGAUUUAAACUGUGGUGCAAGUGUCUUGGUCUCGGCAGUGGCCAUUUCAGAUGUGAUUCAUCCAAGUGGUGCCAUGACAAUGGCCACAACUACAGAAUUGGCGAGAAGUGGGACCGCCAUGCUGAGAAUGGGGACAUGAUGAGCUGCACCUGCCUGGGCAAUGGGAAAGGAGAGUUCAAAUGUGAACCCCAUGAGUCCACCUGUUAUGAUGAGGGGAAGUUGUACCAGGUGGGGAACCAGUGGCAGAAGGAGUAUCUCGGAGCCAUCUGCACCUGUACCUGCUACGGAGGGCAACAGGGCUGGCGUUGUGAGAACUGCCGUCGACCUGGUGCUGAAGUUGACGUGGACCUCAUUCAGCCUCCAGUGCGCACAGAUGCUUUCGACCGCUACAGAGAGAAUGCCCUACGUAAACUCAACAUCCAAUGUCCCAUUGAGUGCCUCAGACCAGACCUGCUAGCAGAUGCCCAGAGCCCUCUAGAAUAAAUGUGCAUAUCAGUUUUCCCCUAAAAUUGGAGACUGUACUUAGCUCCGUCAGUGCUUCUCCAUCCUUAUCUUCACCCACACUGCAAACUCUGUCCUGCUGCUUCCACCCAACCGCCGACCUGUGACAUCACACCUGGAGAUAAAACUUUUCACUCUUCUGAUUGGUUGAGUCCUCAGCCAAUUGGUUGGUUGUUUCCUCAUGUCUCGCCAUAGAAAGGAGGGUCACCGUUCAUAUACAUACAAAUUCCACUGAUUUGUUUCAAUUCCAAAGUCUUGCAGAAGAUCUAUAUCACUGCACAUCAUUGUCUUCCAGAUUAAUUUCAAAUUUAUAUCAUUAGAACAUCCGCAGAGAAUCAACACAUUCCGCCUUUGUGUUUUUCAGUAUUUUUAGCCUAUUGUCUGAUUUAAAAUGUGUUUUAAUGAUUUUGUGAUUUUUGUAUUUUUUUAUUUGAUUUUUUUUUCAGUGAUCAAAGUUUUUUUGGUGUUCUAUUCUAAAAUAUGCACUGUCUCACAAUGAAAUCCUUUGUGCCUUGUAGGCACCUUUUUGUAUUAUGAUGAAAUUUCCACCCCUCUUUAAUCUGAUUGGUUUGUUCUGUGGCCUCUGUUUCUGUCAGGAGACAAAGGAAAGCACUGUGUUAAUGAAGAAAUAAAAAUGUGUUUUCUAUUUUUAUUUAUCCCUUUUAUGUAUGCAUUUUGAUGGAAUGCAGAUUAUGGGUGCGUACUCUUUAUGUUUGUGAUUUUUAGGUGCCAAAGUCUUAACUACUGUGGACAAAAAUGCUUUUUAAUAAAAUAUUUUCCAAAACAA